UUUAGUUUCGAUGGGAUUGUCCAGUACUUUGGUCAAUAUUGAUUUAGAAAAUGACCAUUUGAUCAUGCAUGGUACAGCCAAUGAAUCUUUAGGUUGUGUUUUGCGUGGUGUACUGCAUCUGCACCUUAAACAAUCUACCAAAAUCAAAUCCAUUUUAUUACGAUUUACUGGUAGUAUUCGUACAAGUUGGACACAACCUCUUGGACAUGGUCACGAACGAUUUUUUCAAGACGAACGAACAGUAGUUAGUCACCAAUGGAUCUUUCUAGCACCACAAUAUACCAAAACAUAUUCACUACAAGCAGGCACUCAUUCAUACGAAUUCGAAUUACCUUUAGCCGGUCAUCUUCCUGAAUCCGUCAAAGUAGCUCAAUUCUACAAUGUACAAUACCAACUCAAAGCAACUAUUCAACGACCACACGUUUUACCCAACUAUGCCUGUCAUCGCAUUAUUCAUUUGACUCGACAACGAUACACGAUCGCACCAUUAGUAGAACCCAUCUCUGUAAUGAAUCAAUGGACAAAUAAAGUGGACUACGAUAUCUCACUUCCUACCAAACUCUAUCAUCAUGGAGAUACGAUUCGAGUAGCUAUUCGACUGACACCUCUUAUGCAAGGACUUUUGAUUCGACAAAUCACUUGUACGUUCAAGGAAUAUGCAACAUGUAAACCUGUCAAUGGAUGGUUUGGAGGACGAUCACGAUCUCACGGCAAGAUUCUUUAUUAUACCCGCAACAAUUUAAUCAAUGACAAUCAUACUUCACCAUUAUGUAUCCAACUGACGAUCCCUGUGCCUGAUACUGUAGAAGAGAUUCAAUGCGACACACAAAGCGAUCAGGUUCGUGUACGGCACAAACUCAAGUUUGUUUUAUCCAUUGAAAACCCGGGUGGUCAUCUGUCAGAAUUACGUGCCGUGGUGCCUGUCACUAUCCAAGUCAAGGCAUCCGAUCUGCUGCCUUCCUAUGAACAAGCAUAUGAUGGUCACUCAUUUCCUUAUGAUCCCACGCUCAUGGUCAUGCUUUUGCGGCGCCAUCAUCAACAACAAGAUCAACAUCAACAUCAAGAACAACAACAAUCCUCCUCUUUUCACUAUCGACGACAUCAACAUCAUCGAUUAUCUUGUUCAAUGGUUCAUGAUAUACAGCAACAACGUGGAACGGAGUCUCAAGAUCGUCGUUUAUCCUUCCCUCCUCCCUCCAGUAGUAGUAGUAGUAAUAAUCGUAGUUCAUCAUCCAUCCUUCCUUAUGAUGAUCCUCCCAUCACUUUAUCCAGAUUACCUACCUAUGAUGAAGUACGAUGUCACUGACACGCAUUUAUUUUGUAUCACCAAUAAAAAAAAAUCAUUCCAUAAUAAUAAUAAUUAUAUUUUCUUUAUUCAUAUCCAACAAAUAAAAAAAAAUAAAAAAAAAAAUAAAAAACUAUUCUAUGACUACCCA